AUGCUGGCCUCAUAUGAUGAUGGUAGGUAUAUGUGGAAACACAUAAUAAACUGACCCAAACAAUAUUAUUUAAUUUAAAUCUCAAUUUAAGAGGAUACAUUUAGUAAGAUAUCAAUUGUUGUCCCUUAACUGCUGGGAUGAAUAAUACACAUGUUUAUGUAAUUUUAUUGUCAAUAAAGUUUGUUUCUCUCUCAUUAUUCCUUCACCAGUGCUGCCCCCUCCUGGGGACAUCCAGGUCCUGUUGCUGACAUUAGAUUCAGUGUCUCUGAGCUGGAGUUCUCCUCAGGGGCUGACAGGACCACAGACAUUCAGAGUGACCUGGGGGUGUGACGGUGAAACAAGCUCAACAAGAGUGAAAGGUGGGCAUCAUCUUGAAAUAAGCAGUCUCCAACCUGGUAAAAAGUACCAGUUCAGUGUGGCUAUAGAGGGAGAAGAUGGAAGCCAAAGCAAAUGUGUCUCAGCAUCCCUAUCCACAGGUACAGUAGGCUAACUUGUGUUUUUAUUCAGACUACAUCAUUAAUUCAUUCCUAGAGACAUUUUUGGACUCUCUGUCAAAAACAGCACAUCCUCUAUUCUAAACAAAUCUUGAUUUUUGUUCCAGUGGUCCCACCCAGAGAUUUCAAGAUAGACCAUUUGGAAGAGUCCUCCUUCACUCUCCACUGGUCCAAGGCUGAAGGGAUGGAGAAAGUCCCACAGCGCUUCUUCAUAUCCAACUGUAUCCCAGGAACAGACCCCCUCGCAGCCAUUACUGACGACUGCCACAAAACCUUCUCAAACCUGCAACCCGGCACCGAGUACACUGUUAGUGUUGCAACUGUGCUGAGCAAUGGGGAACAGAGUGAACCUGUCUCUACAACAAUCUGCACUAGUAAGAGAUCUUCCCCCAAUUACAGCUCAUCAUCUCUUUACUAGAAACUACAGUGAUUUUGUUGCAUUACAAAUAACAUUUUUGUUUUGUUGUUAGUGUUCUGUUCUGUUUUUUCUUUGUUUCGUUUUUUCCCCAUAUCAAAAGCCCUGGAUUUUUGUACUUUUCCACCUGUAAGGCUAUAAACAUUUUAUUAAAUUUUUUGAAAAUGAGGUGAGCUAAAAUUUAAGGUAGAACUAGGGCUUGCAUGUACAGUAACAAACAGUUACAUGACCUUUCAACAUCUUCAUAUCAGAACCAUGGACAGUGUCGUGACUUGACUUCAACAUUAACCUGAGGACUGUUAUUUAUCUAAUCAACUAUGAUUAAUUGUUACCCGAUUAAAUUAAUAAUGUAACAAUUAACUCAUAGGGAUCUGGGGCACCAUGAGAGGAGUUCUUUAAAGUCACCAUCUCCCAAAUUAAACUCUAAAAGGUCUUUACCUAUCACAUCUAUAAACAAUCAACGUAUUAUUUUUUUUAUUUUUUUUAUUUCACCUUUAUUUAACCAGGUAAGCCAGUUGAGAACAGGUUCUCAUUUACAACUGCGACCUGGCCAAGAUAAAGCAAGUAGUGCAAUAAAAACAACACAGAGUUACAUAUGGGUAAAAAAAAACAUAAAGUCAGAAAUACAACAGAAAAUAUAUAUACAGUGUGUGCAAAUGUAGCAAGUUAUGGAGGUAAGGCAAUAAAUAGGCUAUAGUGCAGAAUAAUUACAAUAGUAUUAACACUGGAAUGCUAGAUGUGCAAGAGAUGAUGUGCAAAUAGAGAUACUGGGGUGCAAAAGAGCAAAAUAAAUAACAAUAUAGGGAUGAGGUAGUUGGGUGGGCUAAUUUCAGAUGGGCUGUGUACAGGUGCAGUGAUCGGUAAGGUGCUCUGACAACUGAUGCUUAAAGUUAUUGAGGGAGAUAAGAGUCUCCAGCUUCAGAGAUUUUUGCAAUUCGUUCCAGUCAUUGGCAGCAGAGAACUGGAAGGAAUGGCGGCCAAAGGCGGUGUUGGCUUUGGGAAUGACCAGUGAGAUAUACCUGCUGGAGCGCAGACUACGGGUGGGUGCUGCUAUGGUGACCAAUGAGCUAAGAUAAGGCGGGGAUUUGCCUAGCAGUGAUUUAUAGAUGGCCUGGAGCCAGUGGGUUUGACGACGAACAUGUAGUGAGGACCAGCCAACAAGAGAGUACAGGUCACAGUGGUGGGUAGUGUAUGGGGCUUUGGAGACAAAACGGAUGGCACUGUGAUAGACUACAUCCAAUUUGCUGAGUAGAGUGUUGGAGGCUAUUUUGUAAAUGACAUCGCCGAAGUCAAGGAUCGGUAGGAUAGUCAGUUUUACGAGGGCAUGUUUGGCAGCAUGAGUGAAGGAGGCUUUGUUGCGAAAUAGGAAGCCGAUUCUAGAUUUAACUUUGGAUUGGAGAUUCUUUAUGUGAGUCUGGAAGUUGAGUUUACUGUCUAACCAGACACCUAGAUAUUUGUAGUUGUCCACAUACUCUAGGUCAGACCCGUCGAGAGUGGUGAUUCUAGUGGGGUGGGCGGGUGCUAGCAGCGUUCGAUUGAAAAGCAUGCAUUUAGUUUUACUAGUGUUUAAGAGCAGUUGAAGGCUACUGAAGGAUUGUUGUAUGGCAUUGAAGCUCGUUUGGAGGUUUGUUAACACAGUGUCCAAUGAAGGGCCAGAUGUAUACAAAAUGGUGUCGUCUGCGUAGAGGUGGAUCUGAGAGUCACCAGCAGCAAGAGCGACAUCAUUGAUAUACACGGAGAAAAGUGAUAAACUCCUUUCAUCUGCAAAAACCCGAGCCUUACUUAUGAUUCAGUACUACAGAAAUUAGUUUAUAAAUGUAAUGUAAAUGUAAUUGACUGGAAACUUAAUGUGAUGAAAACAGGUCCCUAGUGGAAUGACAACAACAUUGAUGCUUGUUAAAGAAGAGAGGGAGAGAAUCACUUAACAUUGCCACAUUCGGAAACUACUCUCCUCUACUGUAACCAUAUACUUUGCACACGAACCGCCGCCCUCUUUGAUAUGCCUGGUUCGCCAUGUAUCUCUCUCGGUGGACAGGGCCGCCUUGGAAAGGUAGUUGGGCCUUUUCGCGGCACGUUUGUAAGGCUCUGAUUGUCCAAAAGGGUUCCAACAAGUCUUGUUUUUCUCCUCUGUAGUUGUCUGGUAUCCGGUGACUUGUCAUGUAGUCCUGAACAGAACUACAGAAUUGAUUCUCCUUCCAUACGCUCUUGAAGUUGCUUCUUUGAAGAUAGGCUAGCCAGCCGUAUCGAUGGUUCCCCAGUGGGGUGAUGAGAGUAGCGUAAUACGGUGGUUUGAGCAGGGUAGCAGAUGGUCCUACUUAAAUUCGCUUUCGAAGAUGCCUUAAUUAGGGCAGCUAAUCAGCCGUACUAGUGACUGUCCGGGAGGUGAGUAUAUUUUCUUCACCUCGUGUUGAGAUUCAAAGUUCCAACCAUUUGAAACAUGUAGUGGCUGCUUCACAUUUUUCUGGUCUAGUAUGUUCAUUUAUUUUCCCACCAUUUAUACACUCUGCUCGAAAGGGGCCGUUCCGUCAGGCUGACACGCUCUCUGACCUCACUUCGGGCGGUGACUAGUAACUGCGAAGUUGUGAAAAACAUUUAUCUCUCAGAGCUUCUCAAAUCACAUCCCUCUCUUAACACAAAUACUUUCAUCAUUUUUCAUAUUACAUGCACAACGCAUAUGAUGGACACUUCGUAAAUGUAGUGGGUAUACUUUCCAAGUUACAGUAUUUCCUUUAUAUAAAUGUUUAAUGACAACACAAAAUAACAAACAGAAUGACCUUAGUGUCCAUCAUAUGGAUCGCCUCUGACCAUUCCCCACGUUCUACGUUCUAAAUAUUGUUCCAGUAUUCACUUUUGAAAGUGUUAAAGUUUCAGCUGGAAAAAGUCUGUUGAAACAGACAUUCCUUUGGUGAAUUUUGAGAGGGAGAGCCUGAAUGUUCUCCUUUGAUUUACUACAGGGCGUGAGCUGUUAACCCCUCCUAGUUCUUUCCUUCCCCCUCUACUGGUGAUUGGUCUGAUUGAAGUUAUUCAUUUCAAACCUGAUCUGACCUAUUUGUAUUCUCAUGGACAGUCAUUACAACAACCACAUCAUAUUUAGCUUACGUUGAUUGGACAAAAUCGUUUUUUGGUAUCUUUUAGUUGUCACUGUAUUCAACUAAGCAGAGGUGAUUUGAUGUUGAAGUUGAAAUGGUGCUGGAAUAGUGGAUGCAGCUCCUGUUUUCUUUGCAACUUGCGGUAACUCUCCAUGGUUCUAAAUCAAUAGUUGUUUAGCGGUCCUAAAAUGUUAAACAUUAACUUGCUUGACCACGCUGUAGGUCAUGUCUGUUACUGUACAUGCAAUAUGCUUUGUGGACUUCACUGGACAGAGGUUGCUCUUUGGGGGGGGGGGGGGGGGGUUCUCCUGUGAUUUUACACACACACAGCUACAUAUUAUACUCAACAAAAAUUAAAUGCAACAAUUUAAACAAUUUUACUGAGUUAAAGUUCUUACAAGAAAAUCUGUAAAUUGAAAUAAAUUCAUUAGGCCCUAAUCUAUGGAUUAGGCCCACCCACUGGGGAGCCAGGCCCAGCCAAUCAGAAUGAGUUUUUCCCCACAAAGGGCUUUAUUACAGACCGGGUGGCUGGUCUCAGACGAUCCCGCAGGUGAAGAAGCCGGAUGUGGAGGUCCUGCGCUGGCAUGGUUGUGAGGCCAGUUGGAAGUACUGCCAAAUUCUCUGAAACAAUGUUGGAGACGGCUUAUGGUAGAAAUAUGAACAUUCAAUUCUCAGGCAACAUCUCGGUGGACAGUCCUGCAGUCAGCAUGCCAAUUGCACAAUCCCUCAAUACUUGAGACAUCUGUGGCAUUGUGUUGUGACAAAACUGCACAUUUUAUAGUGCCCUUUUAUUGUUUCCAGCACCUGUGUAAUGAUCAUGCUGUUUAAUCAGCUUCUUGACAUGCCACACCUGUCAGGUGGAUGGAUUAUCUUGGCAAAGGAGAAAUGCUCACUAACAGGGAUGUAAACAAAUUUGAGAGAAAUAAGCUGUUUGUGCGUAUGGAACAUUUCUGGGAUCUUUUAUUUCAGCUCCUGAAACAUGGACCAACACUUUACAUUUUACGUUUAUAUUUUUGUUCAGUAUAGUAAAGACAAGAUUAAAUUGAGACUAGUCUGAUGGGUAAAAAUGUGAUUACUUGAUGAGAGAACAGUGUGUGCAGCAUGAAGCUUUUUUUGCUUGCACUCUGUCCCUAUAGUCCCAUCAUGCAGCCCAUAUGUUUUAGUUUGUAAGACAUUCUAAGGUUUCUGUAAUUCACAACUAAAGUUGCCAAAUAACUUUAAAUCUAGCAUAUAGGAUCUGUUUCAAAUGAUCACUUUUACACUCAGCAUAGCCACUUCAUAUGCGCAUGGGCUCUGGAUUGGGAGAAAUAUCCUUUCUAUUUUAUUCACAUAAAUUCAAUUAUAUUCUUCUUACUAUAACAUAAUUGCAUGAGACUUGAGCAUAUCUUGUCUGCUAAAUGAACAAGCCUACAACCUAUGGCAUGGUGCAUAGCCAGAUAAUAUACAGUAGGCCAACUCUUCUGUUCUUCCGAAAUACAUUUUCUUCAUAUCAUGUUUCUUUAGUCCUGCCUAAAAUAAAUCAUUGAUUUAUUGUGGUGGUGUAUAUUAAAUCAUUUAGACUUCUUAAAAUUGUUGAUGUUUCAAAGGCACACAUCAUAGCCCAGGUGUUUAUUUGCAUGAAUCACUGGACACAACAGGCGAUUUUUAGAGACAUGCUUCUAUUUCCUUAAUGCACACAGCUUUUGCUCAUUUGCAUAGUCAAUUUUUGAAUUCCACAGGGAUGCUGGCCAAUGUUGACUCCAAUGCUUCCCACAGUUGUGUCAAGUUGGCUGGAUGUCCUUUGGGUGGUGGACCAUUCUUGAUACAUACGUGAAACUGUUGAGUGUGAAAAAAACAGCACCGUCGCAGUUCUUGACCCAAACUUAUGCUCCUGGCACAUACCAUACUCCGUUCAAAGGCACUUAAAUAUUUUGUCUUGUCCAUUCACCCUCUGAAUGGCACAUGUAUAAAAUCCAUGUCUCAAUUGUCUCAAGGCUUAAAAAUCUUUCUUUAACCUGUCUCCUCCCCUUCAUCUACACUGAUUGAAGAGGAUUUAACAAGUGACAUCAAUAAGGGAGCAUAGCUUUCAACUGGAUUCACCUGGUCAGUCUUUCAUGGAAAGUGCAGAUAUCCUUAAUGUUUUGUAAACUCAGUGUAUAUCUGGAGUUAAACUGUAGCCCUGACAAUAAUGUAUUUAUUUCCCCUUAGUACUUCCUGCUCCAGAGCAGCUGAAUGUUGACUCAGUGGACACCACAUCAGCUGCUGUUAGCUGGAGCCAGCCACCAGGAUUGGACCAAACCCAACAUCAUUACCAGAUCUCCUACCGCUGUCCAGGGACAGAACCCCACAUCACUACCACAUCUUCACACAGCAUCACUCUCUCUGACCUGCAAUGUGGGACUCAGUACUCUGUCACUGUCUGCACUGUGCUGGAAAAUGGAAAGAAAAGUCAACUGGUGUCAACAACCCUCACCAAAGGUAACGAAGUACCCAACUAAAGUAUUAUAUCUAGUGUCAAAGUUAAUUAAACUUUAACUAGUUAUCAAAAUAACUAUGAUCUAAUCAUAAUGGAUGUGUCAGCAUGGGAUGUAAAGGUACAGUAUCUUCCCUGAUGAGAAAUAUAUGAUGGUGAAUUCCCUGGAUCUCAUGGUGCAGUUUGGUGCUGAAAUCAUUAAUGCUUCCCAUUAGUGUGAGUCAAUAUAUCAAGUAGUUGCUCUGCCUCUGCUUGCUUUAACUUGAUCAGUACUACAGUGUGAAACACUUGUUAUUGUGGAGAGGAUUUUUAAUCACAUUUUAAUUUCUAUUUAUAUAUUUUUUGGAGUGGCGGCAACAAUUUAGCAGCACAGCACCAUUGCUAAAUGAAUACAGCAGAAUCCCUUUAUUUUUGUUAUUUUACGAAUUCAUCUUUUGUUGUGUGACUUCUGUUUUUAGCUUAUUUCUUCCCAAACCUAAAAUAAUUGCAAGGCUGGCUUUUCUACUUUGACUACUAUUUUACUUUUCUUAGUGCAGUUUAUUUCUGGAGUUAAACUGUAACACUGACAAUAAUGUGUUUUCACUUAGUACUUCCUGCUCCUGACCAGCUGACUGUUGACUCAGUGGACACCACAUCAGCUGCUGUUAGCUGGAGCCAGCCACCAGGACUGGACCAAACCGAACAUCAUUACCAGAUCUCCUACCACUGUCCAGGGACAGAACCACACAUCACUACCACAUCUUCACACAGCAUCACUCUCUCUGACCUGAAACCUGCUACUAAUACUCUGUCACUGUCUGCACUGUGAUGGAAAAUGGAAAGCAAAGUCAACUGGUGUCAACAACCCUCACCACAGGUAAGGAAGUACCCUACUAAAGUAUUAUGUCUGGUGUCAAAGUUUAUUUAGUUUUAUCUAGUUAUCAAAAUGACUGAACUAAUCAUAAUGGAUUUGUCAGCAUGGGAUGUAAAGGUACAGUAUAUUUUCUACUUUGACUAAUAUUCUACUUUUCCUCCUGUUAAAGAUGAUAGAAAUCCUCAUCAUUUGAGCGUAAUUAUUUCUCUAUAGCCUUUACUUUCUCACUCUGAACGCGAAUGGGUGUGACUUCUUGACAACGAUCACAAUGGCUCCAAUGCACAGCGCCCCUGGAGCAAUUAGGAUUAAAUGCCUUGCUCAAGGGCAGAGCAACAUAUUUUUCACCUUGUCUGCUCCGGCAUUCGAACCAGCAACCUUUCGGUUACAGGCCCAACACUGUAACCUCAAGGCUACCUGCCUCUACCUUACCCCUAUCUACAGUGUCCUCCGUUAAUAUUGAGACUACCUGCCUCUACCUUACCCCUACCUACAGUGUCCUCUGUUAAUAUUGAGGCUACCUGCCUCUACCUUACCCCUACCUACAGUGUCCUCUGUUAAUAUUGAGGCUAACUGCCUCUACCUUACCCCUAUCUACAGUGUCCUCCGUUAAUAUUGAGGCUACCUGCCUCUACCUUACCCCUACCUACAGUGUCCUCCGUUUAAUAUUGAGGCUACCUGCCUCUACCUUACCCCAUAUCUACAGGUGUCCUCUGUUAAUAUUGAGACUACCUGCCUCUACCUUACCCUUACCUAGUGUCUUUCGUUAAUAUUGAGACUACCUACCUCUACCUUACCCCUACCUACAGUGUCCUCCGUUAAUAUUGAGGCUACCUGCCUCUACCUUACCCCUACCUACGGUGUCCUCUGUUAAUAUUGAGGCUACCUGCCUCUACCUUACCUCUACCUAGUGUCCUCCGUUAAUAUUGAGACUACCUGCCUCUACCUUACCCCUAUCUACAGUGUCCUCCGUUAAUAUUGAGACUACCUGCCUCUACCUUACCCCUACCUAGUGUCUUCCGUUAAUAUUGAGGCUACCUGCCUCUACCUUACCCUAUCUACAGUGUCCUCUGUUAAUAUUGAGGCUACCUGCCUCUACCUUACCCCUAUCUACAGUGUCCUCCGUUAAUAUUGAGACUACCUGCCUCUACCUUACCCCUACCUAGUGUCUUCCGUUAAUAUUGAGACUACCUGCCUCUACCUUACCCCUAUCUACAGUGUCCUCCGUUAAUAUUGAGGCUACCUGCCUCUACCUUACCCCUAUCUACAGUGUCCUCCGUUAAUAUUGAGACUACCUGCCUCUACCUUACCCCUACCUACAGUGUCCUCCGUUAAUAUUGAGGCUACCUGCCUCUACCUUACCCCUACCUACAGUGUCCUCCGUUAAUAUUGAGGCUACCUGCCUCUACCUUACCCCUACCUACAGUGUCCUCCGUUAAUAUUGAGGCUACCUGCCUCUACCUUACCCCUACCUACAGUGUCCUCCGUUAAUAUUGAGACUACCUGCCUCUACCUUACCCCUACCUACAGUGUCCUCCGUUAAUAUUGAGACUACCUGCCUCUACCUUACCCCUACCUACAGUGUCCUCCGUUAAUAUUGAGGCUACCUGCCUCUACCUUACCCCUACCUACAGUGUCCUCCGUUAAUAUUGAGCUACCUGCUCUACCUUACCCCUACCUACAGUGUCUCGUUAAUAUUGGACUACCUGCCUCUACCUUACCCUACUAGUGUCCUCGUUAAUAUUGAGGCACCUGUCCUACCUUACCCUAUUCAGUGUCACUCCUUAAUAUUGAGAUACUGCUCUACCUUUCACCUACCUCAGUGUCCUCCGUUAAUAUUGAGCUACCUGCCUACCUUCCCCUACCUACAGUGUCCUCCGUUAAUAUUGAGGCUACCUGCCUCUACCUUACCUACCUCUCCGUUAAUAUUGAGGCUACCUGCCUCUACCUUACCCCUAUCUACAGUGUCCUCCGUUAACAUUGAGUCUACCUGCCUCUACCUUACCCCUACCUACAGUGUCCUCCGUUAAUAUUGAGGCUACCUGUCUUUACCUUACCCCUACCUAGUGUCCUCCGUUAAUAUUGAGGCUACCUGUCUCUACCUUACCCCUACCUAGUGUCCUCGACAGUGCAGCAUUUCUUCUUAUGGCUCUAUACUCCAAAAGUUUGGAUUUGAAAUCAUGACUAUGAGGUUAAAGUGCAGACCGUCAGCUUUAAUUUGAUGGUAUUUUCAUCCAUAUCAGGUGAACCAUUUAGAAAUAACAUCAUGUGUAAUACAGUAGUUAAAAGUUUAGUAUUCUCAGAAUAUCAGGCGCGGGCUGAUAAAUGUACGUUUUCACAUUGCAUUUUCUUUUAGGGGGCAAGAGAAUUAACGAGGAUACUUUGAGCGCUUUAAUCAUAAUUUUUACAUUGCAAACAUUAACUAUCAUUUUUCAUGCUACGAAAGGUAGUGGAUCCGGCCAAAUAGGUUCUGUAACGCAUCAGUCCAAACUGGAGAGGUGCCGGAUCCUGUUCCCGAAGGAUCCAGCUCAAAUAAAGCACUGAUGAUACAAGUAAAACACAUUAACACAUUACCAAAGAUCUUACCUUAAUAAUUUGUGAUUCAGUACAUUUCCAGUGGUGGAAGAGACCCUCCAGAGUUGCUGCAGUGUGUGUUCUACUGGCUGUGAUCAUAGGCCUGUGGGAUUCCUGUAAGUUUUUUAUAUAUUUUUUUUACUAAAACAUUUGUAGUCAAUGUUGUGACAGUUACACAUUUUGAUUGACUUUUCCCUUUUACAGAUGCCACUUUAGAGCGAGACCAGCUACAGAAUAGUCUAAAUACCAGGACCACCGAGAGAGACCAGCUACAGAAUAGUCUGAACACUAGAACUAUGGAG